AUGCAUUUGCUUGCCUAUCCACCUACAUUUUCUAUCUACAUCAAUUUCCUUACACCAUCCACAUACAAAGCAAAUGUGACUGCACAUACUACUGGGAGGCUUUUGUUAGACUCUCUUCAAUUUUGUGUAAUGGAAAACAAUCCCAUGUAUAAACUAACUUACAAUGACAAGGUCAUACGUAAUGACGAAACGCUUGAAAAAUUGGGAAUCAAGGAAGGUGACAAAAUCUUUGCAAUAGAGAGUAAAUAUCCAUUAUCAAUGCUGACAAUGCCAAAACGGAUUGUCCCAGCAUCAAUAAAACUUUAUAUAAAAACUCCUGCAGGAAAAGUUAUAACACUAAUAUUAUCUUCGAGUGACUUCAUCGAGAUCAUUAUUCAAAAGAUUCAAGAAAAAGAAGGCAUUCCCCUUGAUCAACAACAAAUUUUCUUCAAUGGAAGAAUAUUGAAGUAUGGGUAUACGUUGGCAUUUUACAAUAUUCAUACAGAAUCCAUAUUAAAUCUUGUAAUCGAAUCUCAUUUAGAAAUGUUUCAAAUAUUUAUAAAUAUUUUACGUGGAGAAGAAAUUUCUCUAGAUGUACAUUCAAAUCUCAGUGUUUAUUUCGUUAAGUUAGCGAUUCGAGAAAAAAAAGACUUUCCACCUAACAUACAGGCUUUAAUUUUUGCUGGAAGGCAACUGGAUAAUGAUUGCACUUUGGCGGAUUGCAAUAUCAAAAGUAAAUCCAAAUUACAUCUUGUACUCAGAAUUAGUGCUGGGAUGUUUCACGAAACUAGUGGUCGAAAAGAGUUCAAUGCAUUACCACCACUUACGCGAUAUACACAAACAUCUGAAGAAAACCUACAAGAUGGUGUUCAUAUUGGUAUUGCUUGUGACUCUUGUGGUAAAAGUGAAUGGAAAGGAGUAAGGUUAGUGAAAAUAUUAAAUGAUUUGUAUAAUAUCCAUUCAUUUUGCUUUUCUGAUGAUGCAAUUCUGCUUACAUUAUGUCCCACACUUUUUUCUGUUCACAGAUAUAAAUGUAUGGAAUUUUCUAAAAAUUAUGAAUCCAUUGAAUACAAAGAUUGUUCAAAAUGCACCGCCAUUGCUCCAGUUACCAUCUCCCCAAUACUUCCAACCACAAAGGAAGAGAUGUUGACUUUAUUACGUGAAGAGGAACGGUUAAGAUUGUCGCCAGAAAUACAAAAACAAUAUUAUAACGUUGGGAAUGAUCCCACGCUUGGAAUAGACUGGAUGGAUGUCACUGACCAGAUGCAGAAAAAGUUGGUCAAAGAUUUUGGCUAUUCAAAUGAAGCUGUACAAUUAUUGCGACGUGCUCCGCAGCUUUAUAAAGAUGAUCCUGCAUUUCAUACCACUCAAUUAUAUGUUCGCAAUAACAUUGCUCGUAAGGGAGAUCUCACGGAAGGAAUGAAAGCACCCGAUUGCCCACUGGUUCCUCUAGAAUCAUUAGCAACUACAGUAGAGAUUAGAAAUUCUGGUACACCGAUCACGAUUUCCUUGCAUUCACUUUAUCGUUCAAGACGACCUCUUGUUCUUCUCGGAAGCUCAUAUACAUGUCCUUUAUUUCGAUACAUGUCUCAUGUACUCAAUGACAUAUAUGAACGUUAUCAAACGCAUAUAGAUUUCUACAUGAUUCAAAUUCGAGAAGCACAUGCAAGUGAUGUUUGGCCUAUUGGUAAUAUCAUAGAUGUUAAGAAACAUCGUACAUUAGCUGACCGUUUAUCUGCUGCACAAGAAAUGGUCCGGGCAACACAACUAAAGAUUCCAAUGUUGGCAGAUACCAUGGAUGAUACUUUCCUAAGAUUGUAUGCUCCGUGGCCUUUUCGCUUCUUUGUUAUUGUAGAUGGCGUUUUGAAACUUGUGGGGAUGGUAAAAGAUGCAUGUUACGAUACUACAGACCUGGUCGAUUGUCUAGAAGUUCUCUUGAAAGACAAAUAUGAGUAUGGUGUUGUAUAA